GGCAAGAGAAGAAGUAUCCGGACGGUUACGCGUUCCGUUUUCUCAUAUAAAUAGAAUUCGCAUUUUGGUUUCUCACACCAAAACAAUUUCUUUAUUUAUUUUCUUUUCGUUUCAAAUUCUUCCGUGGCUGAUAAAAGAGACACUCUUCCGUUACAUCAGAGUAGUAAGCCGUUUUUCGCAAUGUCGAUGGUAACUGUCAAAGUUGGCAACGUUUCUCUAGGAGCUACAGAACGAGAACUCAAAGAAUUCUUCUCUUUUUCCGGCGACAUUAUUUACCUAGAGAUGCAAAGUGAGAAUGAAGGAAGUUCUAAGCUAGCAUAUGUUACAUUCAAAGAUUUACAAGGAGCUGAAACCGCAGUUCUCCUCACUGGAGCGACAAUUGUUGAUUCCUCGGUCACCGUCACAAUGUCACCAGAUUACCAACUACCCCCUGAAGCUUUAGCUUCCACUGAAUCAUCAUUGAAAGAGAGCGACAAGUCUUCAUCUCCUCCAAAGGAAGAUGUAUCAGUAUUCAGAAAAGCUGAAGAUGUCGUACGCAAUAUGAUUUCAAAAGGGUUUAUUCUUGGGAAAGACGCAAUAGCUAAAGCAAAAAGCCUUGAUGAGAAGCAUCAGCUAAGAUCAACAGCUUCAGCUAAAGUCACAUCUUUCGACAAGAGAAUCGGAUUCACUGAGAAAAUCAACACCGGGACAACUGCUGUGAGCGAGAAAGUCAAAGAAGUUGAUCAGAAGUUUCAAGUCACAGAGAAAACCAAAUCAGCAAUGGCUGCAGCCGAGCAAACAGUGAGCAAUGCUGGCUCGACUAUAAUGAAAAACCGGUAUGUUUUGACUGGUACCACGUGGGUUACUGGUGCGUUUGAAAAAGUGAGCAAAGCUGCAGAAGAAGUUGGACAAAAGGCGAAGGAGAAAGUUGGAAUGACUCAGGAAGAUGAAGUGAAGAAGAAAGUGGUUGAUGAAGUAGCUAGAGAUCAUUUGUCUGAAUCACCAAAGGGGUUAGACCAACCAGAACACGAUUCAAAACUCUCUGAAUCGCAACCACUUAAACAGGAGGAGUCUACUCCAAGUGUUGCUUCGGGACACCCUUGAGAUACAUGUAAGAAUCUUUCUCCCAACUUUUUGGGAACAUAGCGGAGAUGGCUUCUUUGUUCCAAUAACAUUGUUGUUGUUUAUCUUCUUUCUUCUUGUUUAUCACUUCCAAAUACUGGUGAGUUUUCCUGAAAGUUAAGCCUUAUUUUUUGUUGUUGCUAAGGGUAUUAAAAAUGACGUUCUUGUUUAUCCAUAAAAUACUAGAUGUCCUUUGGUAACGUUUAAAAUAGUCG